GGCUUGUUUCCGGUUCGGUGGGUUCAAGAUGACGGAGUCGGGCGCCUCUCCGGAGGACCCCUGGGUCAAGGCAAGCCCCGUGGGCGCGCACGCCGGCGAGGGGAGAGGGGGGUUGAGCUCGUGCACGUAGGGGGUUCGGAAGACUGGCUUCCCUUAUGUCCCCAAAGUUCCUCCUGCUUUCCGGGCCCCGGGGCUGCAGAGAAGACAGCUCUCUCCCCGCGUGUGCCAAGGUGGAGUACGCCUACAGUGACAACAGCCUGGACCCCGGGCUUUUUGUAGAAAGCACCCGCAAGGGGAGUGUAGUGUCCAGAGCUAAUAGCAUCGGUUCUACCAGUGCCUCUUCCGUCCCCAACACAGAUGAUGAGGAGGACAGUGAUCACCACCAGGAGUCCUACAAGGAAUCUUACAAGGACCGGCGGCGGCGAGCACACACUCAGGCUGAGCAGAAGAGGAGGGAUGCCAUCAAGAGAGGCUACGAUGACCUUCAGACCAUCGUCCCCACCUGCCAGCAGCAAGACUUCUCCAUUGGUUCCCAAAAGCUCAGCAAAGCCAUUGUUCUACAAAAGACCAUUGACUACAUCCAGUUUUUGCACAAGGAAAAGAAAAAGCAGGAGGAGGAGGUGUCCACACUACGGAAAGAUGUCACGGCCCUAAAGAUCAUGAAAGUGAACUAUGAGCAGAUUGUGAAGGCACACCAGGACAACCCCCAUGAAGGGGAGGACCAGGUCUCUGACCAGGUCAAGUUCAACGUGUUUCAAGGCAUCAUGGACUCUCUGUUCCAGUCCUUCAACGCUUCCAUCUCCGUGGCCAGCUUCCAGGAGCUGUCAGCCUGUGUCUUCAGCUGGAUUGAGGAACACUACCUUACGGGAGAUCGUGAUUGGCGUCCUGCAUCAAUUGAAAAACCAGCUUUACUGACUGGCUUGUGGAAACCUGCAUAACAGCUGGCAAAAGGCCUUUGUCUCUAUUUGGCUGUGGAGCUACUGGGCCCAUGAGCUUGGACUGCGACACCUCACACUGGUCAGCUGGUUUCUACUUGGUGUUUGGUUUACCCAGCCCCACUUCAUCAUUAGUAGGGCUGUGGUGUUUGUUUUGUGAAAGCUUCUGGUUAAUUUAUUAUUUUGACCAUAAAACUUGAGCCCCCCUCCCACCCCUCAUCUUCCCUUUCCACAUGGAAGUCCUUGGGAUUAGAGUCUGCUCUGGGCACCCCAAAGAGACCCUGGCCUUUUAGCCUUAGCCCUUUCACUAAGCCUCUUGAUUGAUCUACAUGUACUUGGAAACUGCCUCUGUUUUGGUCUCUUGGGUAACAUUUGGCCCAAGUUUGGCCAUUUUGGCAGGAGAAAAGGACCAAGUGAAAUACUCUCAUAGCUGUGAAAAGCUACCUCUUGCCUAGACUAGCCUGCUCAGUCAGUUCAAGGUGAGGCCGUGGCUUUCUGGCCAGCUCAGAGGAGGGCUACUGGGUUCUCCCCUGCUCUGGGUAGUAGGGGAAGCAGCCCUAACUAUUCCUGCCCUUUCGGUUCGCAUAGGCUGCUACUCUGCAUGGCAAAGGCAUGUGACACAGCACUACAACAUUUGAAACUUUUUAUUUUUCUAAACACCAAUAAUGCAACUUUGCUAAAGUUACAAUUUUGGAAAAUUAACCUCAAAAACCACCCCCAGCCUUUUGGUCAAGUAUAUCUGGGCCUCUGUCAUCUCUCAGUAUUGCUUGUGUUUCUCUAAGGACUUGAGGUACGGAAGAUACUCAAAAGGUCUCCUGGGGUACACAAGCCCAAAACUCCUGGGUUGAACCCUGGGCUCCUCAAAAUGCUGGUGUGUAGCAGCUUCUCUCUACCCUUGUCCCUCAAGCUCCCUUCUGCCUGCCUCAGGUUUGAUAUCUGAGAGUUCUGACUAUCCAAAAGAAAUGAAAUAUUUUUAUAUCAAAUUAUAUUACAAUAAACAUUGCCAUUGCAUUGUUC